AAUCCACUUGAAGAAGAAAACAUUAAAAACCCUUUGAAGUACAAUGUCUUUGAAGACUCUACUUAUUCUUCUGGCUGCCGGUGCCAUGUUGCCGUUUCGCGUAUCCGAGAACUCGAAGUUUCCUCCAGGCGGAAUCGAUUUGACUGGCGAAAAUGGAAAGGGACCAAUUACCAUGAUCGAUGACGAUAACUGGAGGCAGGUACUUUCCGGUGAGUGGCUUUUGCUGAUCUGUUCGCACUACGAUCGCGAUUGCCAGGAUCUGGAGAACAACUUUAACCAUUUGGCGACCACGACCGUGGGUUUGCUCGAAGUUGAAUUGGCCUUUUGCGAUACCUCCAAGCCUACAUCAGUUCGAGGACGAUUCUCGGCCUUUGACGAUGUGAUCAUAUAUCAUGUGCUGGAGGGGGAGUUUCGCAGGCUGGACGAGGGACAGGGCACUUUUGCCCUCCGAGAUCUUCUGCAUCUUCGCGAAUGGGCGGAGAUUUCCGCAGAGCCCUUUUGGAAACACCCGACAUCCGCGUUGGUCACAGUUAGCGUAUUUUUCAUCAAGGCGAAAAUGGCUUUGUUGCUCUUUUGUUAUAAUUGUGAUCGCGAAUGGCUGGCCUCCCUUAUUAUCGAUAUUUUCGUUGGCCUCGCUUCGAGCAUUGUCUUAUUGGACAUUUGUUUUAACUACCGGAAGACACGAAGCCUUCUGGGAGGAAACUUGAAGACCAUAAACGAACAUGAAGAGGGGAUGUAGAGAGGAAAUACAUCCCAUUCAAUUCAGUGGAGAAUAAUGGGCUACCGAUAUGUUCACCAUUUCAAUUGGAAAAUAAAAAAAGCAUUGAU